UUAGCAGCAGGUACCCAGCGCGUCGUUCACAGCACAGUUUACACGCAACGACUAAAGUGUUUUGAACCGUCCUUUGGGGAUACUUUGGUUUGAUCAUUUCUCGGACGCCUAGAUGAAAACGUUAACGGAUUUCACGGCAUCGAGGAGCACAGCUUUAGCGCAAGAUAAGAGUUUAAAUUGUAGUUUCUAUUGAACCUAGCUAACGUUAGCAGCGAGUUUAGGACAUUACAUUGUAUGUAUCAGCUCAUUCUACAUGUUUUGUUUUGUAGAUAACGUGAGAUUAUUAAACAAAAACUACCAUAAAAACACUUGGUGUGUAUGUGACAUUCACAAACCAAGAAUGUGUCAGUGAACGCCGCAUAUCAACUUUAACUGAAGUUGCUUUCUACGCAUCUAUCCAUUCAUAGCUGAGCGAGCUAUACCGUGAAGCUGGACAGCCGCACGCGCACAGCUCUGCUACACAAUGCCUUGACAGUUUAGUAGAAAUCAACCACUUCUGAACACGUGAAUAGUGAGUUUAUCAGCUGUUCGCAACAUGGCGAGUGCCUUAGCAGCGAAAAUGGGAUUUAACUCACUGAUGAGAAAACAAUCCAGGAGGAACUUCAACGUCAGGAUAUGCACAGCGGAGUCAGACAUGGAGUUCAGCUGCGAGGUCAAGUGGAAAGGAAAAGACCUUUUUGACUUGGUGUGCCGAACUCUGGGACUGAGGGAGACGUGGUUCUUUGGGCUCCGGUACAACAUCAAGGACACAGUAGCUUGGCUGAAAAUGGAAAAGAAGGUUCUGGAUCAGGAGGUACCGAAGGAGGAACCGAUCACCCUUCACUUCCUGGCCAAGUUUUACCCUGAAAACGCUGAGGAGGAGCUCGUGCAAGAUAUCACACAGCAUCUCUUCUUCCUACAGGUGAAGAAGAAGAUCCUCGAGGAGGAUAUUCACUGUCCACCCGAGGCCUCCGUGCUGCUAGCCUCCUACGCCGUCCAUGCCAAGUACAGAGACUACGACCCCAAUGUUCACAAACCCGGCUUCUUGGCUGAAGAGGACCUGCUUCCAAAGAGGGUCAUCAACUUGUACCAGAUGACUGCAGAAAUGUGGGAGGAGAGGAUCACAGCGUGUUACGCAGAGCACAGGGGAAGGACGAGGGAUGAAGCCAAGAUGGAGUAUUUAAAAAUAGCCCAGGACCUGGACAUGUAUGGCGUCAAUUACUUUUUAAUCAGGAAUAAAAAGGGAACCGGUCUUCUUCUGGGAGUGGACGCCCUGGGUCUGCACAUCUACGAGCCGGACAACAGGCUGACACCCAAGUGCUCCUUCCCGUGGAAUGAGAUCCGCAACAUCUCCUACAGCGACAAGGAGUUUACCAUCAAACCUGUGGACAAGAAAACCAACGUUUUCAAGUUCAACUCCUCACGGCUAAGAGUCAACAAGUUGAUCCUCCAGCUGUGUAUAGGGAACCAUGACCUGUUUAUUCGCCGCCGGCGGGUGGACUCGCUUGAAGUACAGCAGAUGAGGUCUCAGGCCAGAGAGGAGAGGGCCCGAAAACAGGUAGAGAGGCAGCGUCUGCAAAGGGAGAAGCAGCUGCGGGAGGAUGCCGAGAGAGCCAGGGACGAGCUGAAAAGGAGGCUGAUUCAGCUGCAGGACGAGGCUCACAUGGCCAACGAUGCACUGCUGCGUUCGGAGCAGACGGCGGACCUGCUGGCUGAGAAGGCCCAGAUCGCGGAGGAAGAGGCAAAGCUGCUGGCCCAGAAAGCUGCCGAGGCCGAGACAGAGAUGCAGCGCAUCAAAGUGACCGCCAUCCGUGGCCAGGAGGAGCGGCGGCUCAUGGAGCAGAAGAUGCUGGAGGCAGAGAUGCUGGCCCUCAAAAUGGCCGAGGAAUCAGAAAGGAGGGCCAAGGAGGCUGAGCAGCUGAAACAGGACCUGCAGGAUGCCAGGGAGUCAGAGCGCAGGGCAAAGCACAAGCUGCUGGAGAUUACCAGCAGGACCGUCUAUGCGGGCCCUGGACUGCAAUCUGACAGCAUGCCUCGCGACCUGAGCUUCAGCAGGGAGAACCUCAGCUUUGACUUUAAAGAUACCGACAUGAAACGCCUCUCCAUGGAGAUCGAGAAGGAGAAGGUGGAGUACAUGGAGAAGAGCAAGCACCUGCAGGAGCAGCUGAAUGAGCUGAAGAUAGAGAUUGAAAGUCUGAAGAUGAAAGAGAGGGAGACUCCUCUGGACAUCAUUCACAACCAGAACGCCGAGCAGGGGACCAGCAAGCACAGCAACUUUAAAAAGUCCAUCCAGACUGUGUGAAGUGGCACACGAAGGAGGUCAACCACAAAAUAGCUUGCUGUUGUGCCAUUCACAACAGUGACACUGGAGUUCCUGCUCAGACUGUGGGCGGUGUGGAGUACACUGCUGCAGAGUUACACACACACACACACACACACACACACACGUAUAGUUGAGGCUGCCUGUCAGCCGGGACAAUAGAAGGUGAUCCGUAAAUAUUAAGCUGCAAAUCCAUCCCUUGCCCACACAUUGUCUGUUUGGAUUUGCUUAAGUCCCUGCAUCUACACAUUCCCUUGAAAUAAUCUGGAUUUCCCCAAACUGUCCUCCAUCAUCCCGUGUCUAAUAUUUACUUUGGCAGCCACCUUAAUUCCCUCUGCCCUACAGAUGUUGAGGGGAAAAAGUUUGCCUAGUCAAUUGGUAGUAGUGCUCACUUAUGCUUUGCUGUGCUAAAGGAGUUAAAACACAGUCAGUGGCCUGAAUUUUUUUUUUUAUUUAAACAUGGAGAGAAAAACAAUUAACAGUACUUUUUCCGACUGGCAUUGAUCUUCUUUGAUUGCCUCUGCGGUAGUAGAGGGUUCGAAAAACCCACAGAUUUAUUUUUGUUGUAAACUCUGAUCGAGCUGAUGUUUCUUUUAGAGUAAAUUGUAUCAAUAAAGCUUCAUAUCUUCACAUACCAUCUGUACUCAUUAAAAACAGAAUAACCUUGGGGGCACAGAUAUCAUCUCCUUAUGAUCACUUAGUCUUUUGAUUGGUCAAGAGGCAUGACUGGAUGAAACAUGCAUGUGCUUAUGUCCUCAUUAGAGAGGCAGCUAAACUAACCAUAGUCAGUCAAAAAUGUUUAUUUUCAACAAUGUUCCAGCAUAAGGCGGUGUUAAUCUUAAUCUACAGCAGACUCUCACGAAGAAGUCCAUGAUUUUAGGAAGAAUUGUAGUGCAGCCAACCACAGAGAUCCAUCUCGGGUGCUGAAUGACAAACGUUGGGUAAUCUGCUUUCACCCUGUAAGCUUGUUGAUCAGCCACACAUUGGCUGCGUUUCGCUGAUGCCGCAGUCACACUUGGUGGCCACGGUGUUUGCAUUGGAAAUGCAUAGCAGGAGUUGGAUCUGGCAGAAAGGCUGAGGGGAAGGGCAAGUGAUGAUUUCGGUGAAAUUAGUCUUCAAUGAGGGUUGCCCUUCGGUCACUGAUUUGGCUUGCUUGCCCGCUGUGCUGCGGUAUGUUCUGUACUCAGAUAUAAAUCCUUAUCUUGUCUGUCGUUCUUGUCUCCUCCACAGCUAACACUACAGAGCACCAAGUCCAGGGUGGCCUUCUUUGAGGAACUUUAAACUACAAGCCUCUAAAUGGUGCGGAUGCACAAAUGCAGAGAGCCUCACGAUUCUACAUUCCUGGUCAGUUUAAAUGAUUGGCCACACUACAUGACUGUAUGCUCCACUUCCUGGGAAACCACUAUGAAACACAAAAAAAAAAAAGACCACUGCCUUCAUCUGCUGCAACUCCAGAGGCCUCAUGUGUGCACACGAAGAAGGAUGCAUUCGUAAUGUUCCUGCACUAAAUCUGAGUGUGUGUGUAUGUGUGUGUGUUGACUGUGGGUCACUGGCUUAAGAGGGUUGUCUGGUAACUGCAGG